GGUGCUGCUGGCGGGACUGGGUGGGGUGGGUUGACGAGCGCGAGCUUGGCGUUUGUGUGCGCGCAGUAGCUGUAGCGGCGAGGCUGCGUCCUGAGAACUUGGGGACGCGCUCUUGAGGUAGGAGCGUUAACGCCUCCGUCGCCCCGCUCGAGGGGAGGAAGUCGCUGCCGGCCAUGAAGACGCGGAGCUGAAGAAUGGAUCCGAGGAGGUGGUAGGGCCGGGCGAGGGGAUGUCAAGCGGACUUUGGUGCUGAGAGCGGCGGCGGCGGCGGCGGCAUCGAAGGAUUCAGUAUAGCGGCGGUGGCAGGCGGGCGACCGACGACCGGCCUCCAUCGAUCUCUUCCCGGUUGGUAGGCUCCGAAUCCUUCAUACGGUUGUGUCGGUGGAGCAUAAAGUUCGAACGGCAGUUUGCUGUCGUCGCGGCGGCGGCGGCGUUUCGGAUCCCCCAGCGGCGAAAGGGGUUUCUGUUUCCUGGGCUAAAGAGGGAAGGACGCCGGGCUUAUUCCUUGGCUUGUGCCGAGCUGGCGGCGGUGACUUCCCCUCCGCCGCCAGGGGGACUCGGUUGGUGGGAGAGUGGCGGUGGCGCUGAUGCUGGCGGCAUCUCCUUAGCCCGGUUCCCGGAGGCUGUGGCAGCCGUUGGACUAUUCGAAGACGGUGGCGGUUGUUUCUCCUCCUGAGAGACAAAAGCGUAUAGAGAGAGACGAGGUAGACCGAGGUUAAUACCGUUAAUACAGGAAAAUCUAGGUUAUGCUACACCAUGAACAGCUUUGAGCAUGCAAUAAUGUGAAUGGGAUCAAUAAAUUGCUGAAAUAGCAGGAAAUGUAUUCUGGUGCAACUUUGUCAGUCAUGACAAUUGACACAUCUGCCUGUCAGAAUUAUAUGUGUAAAGAACUCCUGGAUCAACCACCCAAUCCAGAGCAAUUGGUCCCUGCCAGGCACAAUCGAUGCCUCGCUUACCAGAGCUGAGUUAAGCCAAACACCAACCCUGUAAGAUCCAGAACAUGAUUUCUGAAAUGGGAUUAAAGCAGCGUCAUUGACUUCAAUAUACACUUCAUUUUGUGUUUGACUUAAAGUGCCAUGAGAAAAUUUGCAUAUUGUAAGGUGGUCCUUGCCACCUCACUGGUUUGGGUCCUUUUGGAUAUGUUUUUGUUACUUUACUUCAGUGAAUGCAACAAAUGUGAUGAGAAAAAAGAGAGAGGCCUACCGCCUGGGGAUGUUCCAGAACUUGUACAGAAACCUCAUGAAGGCCCAGGAGAAAUGGGGAAACCUGUUGUCAUUCCUAAAGAGGACCAAGAAAAGAUGAAGGAAAUGUUUAAAAUAAACCAGUUUAAUUUAAUGGCAAGUGAAAUGAUCGCACUCAAUAGGUCUUUACCUGAUGUCAGAUUGGAAGGGUGUAAGACAAAACUAUAUCCAGAUAACCUACCUACAACAAGCGUUGUCAUUGUCUUUCACAAUGAAGCUUGGAGUACUCUCUUGCGAACUGUUCAUAGUGUCAUAAACCGGUCACCGCGACACAUGCUGGAAGAAAUUAUUCUGGUAGAUGAUGCUAGUGAAAGAGAGUUCUUGAAGAGACCCUUGGAGAACUAUGUGAAAAAAUUACAAGUACCAGUUUAUGUGAUUCGAAUGGAGCAGCGUUCUGGACUGAUCAGAGCCAGAUUGAAAGGAGCUGCUGCCUCUAAAGGCCAAGUCAUUACCUUUUUGGAUGCUCAUUGUGAAUGUACAGUAGGAUGGCUUGAGCCUCUGCUAGCACGGAUAAAAGUUGACAGGAGAACAGUAGUGUGUCCUAUCAUUGAUGUCAUCAGUGAUGAUACAUUUGAAUAUAUGGCAGGCUCUGAUAUGACUUAUGGAGGGUUCAACUGGAAGUUGAACUUCCGAUGGUAUCCUGUUCCUCAGAGGGAAAUGGACCGAAGAAAAGGUGACAGAACCCUUCCAGUUCGGACACCUACCAUGGCAGGAGGCCUUUUUUCCAUAGAUAGGGACUAUUUUCAAGAAAUUGGGACAUAUGAUGCAGGAAUGGAUAUAUGGGGUGGAGAAAACCUAGAAAUUUCAUUCAGAAUUUGGCAGUGUGGGGGAACUUUGGAGAUUGUGACAUGUUCACAUGUUGGUCACGUUUUUCGAAAAGCCACUCCUUAUACUUUCCCAGGAGGCACAGGGCAGAUUAUUAAUAAAAAUAAUAGACGACUUGCAGAAGUUUGGAUGGAUGGGUUCAAGAAUUUCUUCUACAUAAUUUCCCCAGGGGUUACGAAGGUUGAUUAUGGAGACAUAUCAUCACGACUUGGACUUAGACACAAGCUACAGUGCAAGCCUUUUUCUUGGUACCUAGAGAAUGUUUAUCCCGAUUCCCAAAUACCACGACACUAUUUCUCUUUGGGAGAGAUCAGAAACAUGGAAACAAAUCAGUGUCUGGAUAACAUGGCAAGGAAAGAAAAUGAAAAAGUUGGCAUUUUCAAUUGUCAUGGAAUGGGUGGUAAUCAGGUUUUCUCAUAUACAGCCAACAAAGAAAUUCGAACAGAUGAUUUGUGUUUAGAUGUCUCCAAGCUUAAUGGUCCUGUCACAAUGCUCAAGUGCCACCACUUAAAAGGCAAUCAACUUUGGGAAUAUGAUCCAGUGAAAUUAACCCUCAUGCAUGUGAACAGUAACCAGUGCCUGGAUAAAGCCACUGAAGAAGACAGCCAGGUACCCAGCAUCAAAGACUGCAAUGGCAACCGCUCUCAGCAGUGGCUUCUUCGUAAUGUCACCCUUCCAGAAAUAUUCUGAAAGGAUUCAAAGAGGAGGAUUGACUGGACUACCUCAGCAAGUACAUGGGCUGUGUUUUUACAUAGCAAGCAAAGGCUGCAAGGUUUCUUGGCCACUGGAGCAGAUUUCUAAAACUUCAAGAGCUGUGAGCCAGCCAUCCUGGUGUUAAGGGUGUGGACCUACAUGAGUACUUGUGAACUUGCGCACACUGAUGUUUACAGGAUUGAAAAUAGUUCAUCAAAGAAUCAUUUCGUAGAACAUUUGGACAGUAGAAACAAUUAAGGAAAUUUGCACUCUGGAGAGUGGCACAACCUAGGUUGCUUGUACAUCAGCACCCUUGGCCAAAGGUGCUGUUACAAAGAUUCCUAAGGGUUUUUUUUUUUACAAGGUUUAAUGUUAACCAAGGUAUCAAACAUAAAUAUAAAAAUAAAUGGAGCAGAUUUAAUAUCACAAGAAGAAGAAGAAAUCACUGAAGCAAGAGACGGUUCAGAGGCAAAAAAAAAAUCAACCAUAAGAAGUUCAAUUUGUAAUACUAAAUAUCAAAUUUAUAUGUAGAUUUUUUUACUUAAGUGGGAAAAAAUAACCAAGUGAGACACAAAACUUUCUGUUCAAUUGUGUGGUAGUCCAUUAAUAUCUUUUUUUCUACCCUGAUGGGUCUUGAACUUAUUAGGAGCAAAAACAAAAUUGAGCAUAAAUAAGAUUGGCUUUUUGAGUAUCAGUUCGACUUUUUUUAACUGUUCAUUUUGGCUUGCAGGCUGUUGGAAUUGUUAAUACAUCUUUUUUUGUUAUCUGAAAACUGGAGAUGCAUCCUUUGCUAUGACCUGCUAUCUCAGUUGUAUUCUGGUCAACCAGUUUUUGACCUUCCAUCACCAACUUAAGGACUCGUUAGUGCAUUUUAAAUCUGUUAACUUGACUGAUUAUGCUUAAUGGACAACUCUCUUACUACUGUAGUACAGGUUUUGUUUUCACAGCAAUAAAUCUUUCAUUCUUUGACUCCA